GGAAAACAGGCUUUCGGACUGGAAUAGAGGCAAGAACCAGAGCAGAGAAGCGAAGGUUCCAAGGGAAGAAGAGUCUCAACUACCAAGCUGCCGGCUCACCUCCACUGCCGGCCCUAGGGGAGUCGCUGUCCUCACUUCCCAGGCCUGGGCUGCGGGUCGGCAUGCUCCGGGCAAGACCAGAGGCACUGGUGCUCCUGGGGCUGCUGCUCACUGGACCCCUGGACCUGGUGGGCGGCCAGGACGCGCCCUCGCUGCCCUGGGAAGUGCAGCGCUACGACGGCUGGUUCAACAAUCUCAGGCAUCACGAGCGUGGCGCUGUGGGCUCGCGGCUGCAGCGCCUCGUGCCGGCCAGCUACGCGGACGGCGUGUACCAGGCCCUGGAGGAGCCGCUGCUGCCCAACCCGCGCCGGCUCAGCGAUGCCGCCACGCGGGGCCCCGCCGGGCUGGCCUCGCUCCGCAACCGCACGGUGCUAGGCGUCUUCUUCGGCUACCACGUGCUCUCGGACGUGGUGAGCGUCGACACCCCCGGCUGCCCCGCCGAGUUCCUCAACAUCCGCAUCCCGCCCGGGGACCCCGUGUUCGACCCCGAGCGGCGCGGGGACGUCGUGCUGCCCUACCAGAGGAGCCGCUGGGACCCCGAGACCGGGCGCAGCCCCAGCACCCCCAGGGACCUGGUGCGGCCGGCUCCCCCUCGCCCAGCCGGCUCCAGCCCCUGCUUGUCUGUCCCCUCUGACCCGCAGAGCAUCGCUAUGUACGAGUGGCUGCCCAGCUUCCUGGGGAAGACACCCCCGAAGUAUGAAGGGUACCGCCCGUUUCUGGACCCCAGCGUCUCCCCGGAGUUCGUGGUGGCCUCUGAGCAGUUCUUGUCCACCAUGGUGCCCCCCGGAGUGUACAUGAGAAACACCAACUGUCAUUUCCGGGAGGUCCUGAGCGAGGAUUCCCGCGGCUCUCCGGCUCUCAGGGUCUGCAACAGCUACUGGAGUCGGGAGAACCCCAAUCUGAACAGUGCCCAGGACGUGGAUGAACUGCUGUUGGGAAUGGCCUCCCAGAUUUCGGAGAGGGAAGACAGAAUAGUGGUUGAAGAUCUCAGGGAUUACUGGCCUGGCCCUGACAAGUACUCCCGCACGGACUACGUGGCCAGCAGCAUCCAACGCGGCCGGGACAUGGGCUUACCCAGCUACAUCCAGGCCCUGCAGGCCCUCGGGCUGGAGCCCCCGAAGAACUGGAGUGACCUCGGCCCCCACGUGGACCCCCAGGUGCUGGAGGCCACCGCCGCCCUGUACAACCAGGAGCUGUCCCGGCUGGAGCUGCUCCUCGGUGGACUCCUGGAGAGCCACGGGGACCAGGCGCCCCUGUUCAGCACCAUCGUUCUCAGCCAGUUUGUGAGGCUUCGGGAUGGCGACCGCUACUGGUUUGAGAACACCAGGAAUGGGCUGUUCUCUGAGGAAGAGAUUUCGGAAAUCAGAAACACCACUCUGCGAGACGUGCUGGUCACUGUCACCGGGGUGGACGCCGGGACCCUGCAGCCCAACGUCUUUGUCUGGCAAGAAGGGGACCCCUGCCUGCAGCCCCGGCAGCUCACCACGGGAGACCUGCCCCCCUGUGUACCCCUCACUGUGCUCGACUACUUCGCGGGCAGCGGUGCGGGGUACGGCCUGAUCAUCGUGGCCCUCUGCUGCUUCCCGCUAGCGAGCCUGGUUGUUGCGGGGGUGAUCGCCCAUUUCCGGAACCGAGAGCGCAAGAGGCUGCAAAGGAAAGGCAAAGACAGUAUGAAGAAGGAAGCAGCCAAAGACGGCGUGAUGGCGAUGGAGUGGCCGGGCCCCAUGGAGAGGAGCUAUCCCGUCACCGUCCAGCUGCUCCCAGACAGGACCCUGCAGGUGCUGGACAGACGUCUGUCCGUGCUCCGUACCGUGCAGCUGCGGCCCCUGCAGCAGGUCCACCUCGUCCUGUCCAGCAAUCGCGGCCGCCGCAGCCUGCUGCUCAAGAUCCCCAAGGAGUACGACCUGGUGCUGCAGUUUAACUCCGAAGAGGAGCGCGGCACCUUCGUGCAGCUGCUGCGGGACCUGUGUGCCUGCUGGACUCUGGGCCUCCACGUGGCUGAGAUGGACGAGAGCCAGCUCCUCAGGGAGGCGGUGACCAAGCAGCAGCGGGGCCGCAUCCUGGAGGUCUUCUUCAGACACCUUUUUGCUCAGGUGCUGGACAUCAACCAGGCGGACGCGGGCAGCCUGCCCCUGGACUCGUCCCGGAAGGUGCGGGAGGCCCUGACGUGCGAGCUAAGCAGGGCUGAGUUUGCCGAGUCCCUGGGCCUGAAGCCCCAGGACAUGUUUGUGGAGUCCAUGUUCUCUCUGGCUGACAAGGACGGCAAUGGCUACCUGUCCUUCCGGGAGUUCCUGGACAUCCUGGUGGUCUUCAUGAAAGGCUCCUCGGAGGAUAAGUCGCGCCUGAUGUUCACCAUGUACGAUCUGGAUGGGAAUGGCUUCCUCUCCAAGGACGAAUUCUUCACCAUGAUGCGGUCCUUCAUCGAGAUCUCCAACAACUGCCUGUCCAAGGCCCAGCUGGCCGAGGUGGUGGAGUCCAUGUUCCGGGAGGCCGGCUUCCAGGACAAGGAGGAGCUGACCUGGGAGGAUUUCCACUUCCUGCUGCGGGACCACGAUAGCGAGCUCCACUUCACGCAGCUCUGCGUCAAAGGGGGAGGCAGAGGUUUCGGAGACGUCUUCAAGCAAAACAGCAACUGUCGGGUCUCAUUCAUCGCUCGGACCCCAGAAGAGCGCUCCAGCCCCCCGGACCUGGCACCCUCUGCCUCAGGGACCCCUGAGCUGGGAGGUUCUGGGCUAAAGAAGAGGUUUGGCAAAAAGGCACUGGGGCCGCCUCCCCGGCUGUACACGGAGGCGCUGCAGGAGAAAAUGCGGCGUGGCUUCGUGGCCCAGAAGGUGCAGGAGUUCAAGCGCUUCGUGGAGAACUACAGACGCCACAUCGUGUGUGCCACCAUCUUCUCGGCCAUCUGCGUGGGCCUCUUCGCGGAGCGAGCCUACUACUACGCCUUCGCCUCACCACCCACGGACAUCGAGGAGACCACGUACGUGGGCAUCAUCUUGUCGCGGGGCACGGCGGCCAGCAUCUCCUUCAUGUUCUCCUACAUCCUGCUCACCAUGUGCCGCAACCUCAUCACCUUCCUGCGGGAGACCUUCCUCAACCACUACAUCCCCUUCGACGCCGCCGUGGACUUCCACCGCUGGAUCGCCAUGGGCGCCGUCCUCCUGGCCAUCUUACACAGUGCCGGCCACGUGGUCAAUUUCUACAUCUUCUCAGUCAGCCCCCCCAGCCUGCUGGCCUGCGUGUUCCCCAACGUCUUUGUGAAUGUCGGGUCCAAGAUUCCCCCGAAGUACUACUGGUGGUUCUUUGAGACCGUUCCAGGUAUGUCAGGGGUGCUGCUGCUGCUGGUCCUGGCCGUCAUGUACGUCUUCGCCUCCCACUACUUCCGCCGCCGCAGCUUCCGGGGCUUCUGGCUGACGCACCACCUCUACGUCGCGCUCUACGCCCUGCUCAUCAUCCAUGGCAGCUUUGCUCUGAUCCAACUGCCCAGUUUCCACAUCUACUUCAUGCCCCCGGUCAUCAUCUACGCGGGGGACAAGCUGGUGAGCCUGAGCCGGAAGAAGGUGGAGAUCGGCGUGGUGAAGGCCGAGCUGCUGCCCUCAGGGGUGACCCACCUGCAGUUCCAGCGGCCCCAGAGCUUCGAGUACAAGUCGGGGCAGUGGGUGCGGAUCGCCUGCCUGGCUCUGGGGACCAAUGAGUACCACCCCUUCACGCUGACCUCCGCGCCCCACGAGGACACGCUCAGCCUGCACAUCCGGGCGGUGGGGCCCUGGACCAUCCGCCUCCGGGAGAUCUAUGCGCCCCCGACAGGCAAAGGCAGUGCCACCUACCCAAAGCUGUACCUCGAUGGGCCCUUUGGAGAGGGGCACCAGGAGUGGCAUCAAUUUGAGGUGUCGGUGCUGGUGGGAGGGGGCAUCGGCGUCACCCCCUUCGCCUCCAUCCUCAAAGACCUGGUCUUCAAGUCAUCCUUGGGCAGCCAGAUGCUCUGUAAAAAGAUCUACUUCAUCUGGGUGACACGGACCCAGCGGCAGUUCGAGUGGCUGGCCGACAUCAUCCGGGAGGUGGAGGAGAACGACCGCCAGGAGCUGGUCUCCGUGCACAUCUACAUCACGCAGCUGGCCGAGAAGUUCGACCUCAGGACCACCAUGCUGUACAUCUGCGAGCGGCACUUCCAGAAGGUGCUGAACCGGAGUCUGUUCACGGGCCUGCGCUCUGUCACCCACUUCGGCCGGCCCCCGUUCGAGGCCUUCUUCAACUCCCUGCAGGAGGUGCACCCGCAGGUCCGCAAGAUUGGCGUGUUCAGCUGCGGCCCCCCGGGCAUGACCAAGAACGUGGAGAAGGCCUGUCAGCUCAUCAACAAGCAGGACCGAGCCCACUUCAUGCACCACUACGAGAACUUCUAGGCCCGCCCUCCCUGCCUGCCGCUUCUGGUUUCCUGCCCUGGCUCUGUGGCCCAUGUUGCUGUCCCUGCUGGCAGUCUCUGCCCCGCGGCCCAUCCACCCUAUGCUUGAGGAGAGAGAGGAGGCCACCACGGCGGGUUGUGGGAAGCCAGGCGGGCGGGGGACAGUUUGCUUGUGACGGCCGUGCAAGUAGAAGUACACAGCACUGGUGUCUUCCCAUGAGUCCCCGUUUCUCUGUUUUGCUUCCUUUUCAAUGUGUUGCUGUGUCAUUCUCCCGAAGGCGGGGAGAGACAGGGCUCUCUGAGCCGGAAUCUUCCCAGGCCCAGCUGGAAGCCCCGCUGCCUCAGUGCAGUCCCUGGGCCUUUCCCCUCCACUCUGAAGGGGGGCAGCCCACCCCAGCCCAAGGAGGACACCAGGGACGGAGGUGCCUCCAGCCCUGAAGUCCCAGUGUCCGCCCUGAUGCCCACUGCCCUGAGGCCCUGGCAAGUCCCUCUCAGAGCCCGCUGGGGCAGUUCCUGGAUCCUGGGGCCUGGGGGCCCCAGCGUCUCUGCCAGAUCCCAAAGCUCUCUCAACACCCGCCCUCCGGAGGAGUUGGGAGAUCAGGACACCUGCCCAGGACACCUGCAGUUCUAACAUUGGAAUUCCCAUCCCAGGAAACUCCUGUCUCCUGGGAAGAUUAGGCCAGGUGAUCACCUUUCCCUGGAGCUACCCUGGGAUGUCCCCUUUAUAUCCCUGAAGACCCUCACUCCCCGUCCCUCACCUGGCUCUUUCCUAGAAGGCUGAGCUGUGUAACGCAUCUUAAAUUGAGGUACACAGAGUGUACAGACCUUAAAGUAACCACGGAGCUCUUACACCACCGCCCAGGCGGGAUGCAAAACCUUCCCACAGUUCCGUGAACCCCACACCCCGCUGCCGAAACUCCCCUUGCAUCCCUUCCUAGCCAGUCUCCCCCCAGCUCCAAGAAGCAGCUAUUAAUGUGACUUCUGUCACUUGGCUGAGUCACCUGAAUGCACACUUUAAGACUGGCCUCUCAUGCCGGGUAUGGUGGCGCACGCCUGUAAUCCCAGCACUCAGGAGGCUGAGACAUGAGGAUCGUUGUGAGUUUGAG